AUGGUAAAAGAAAACAUUAUAAUUCCCAAAGAAAAUAAAGCGCAAGUAGAAGAAGUUAGAUAUUUAGAUAAUCAGGUGGAGGAGCAAAGCAAAAUAACUAAAUUGGCUACUUUUUUAGGAGUGUCAAGAGUUUAUUGUGUCAAGGAAAAAGAUGCUGGUGGCAACGGCGGUGCCGGUGCUGGUGGCGGAAGCAGUUCGGGUAGUUCAGGAGGAAACAGUGGUGCCCAGCAAAAGUAUUUAAUGGUUGAUGAGGAGGCAAGAACGCAAGAAAUGAGUAGGUUGACUUUGAAAAUAUUUUUCCAAGCAGGAAAAAUAAGCGAAGAAUUUAUUAAAAAGUGGCAGAACGGCAAAAUUUCUCCUACUGAUAAGGAAUUAGAAUUAUUGAAAAAAGGUUGUAGGGAAGUUUUAGCAGCCUUUGACAAUCAUUUUAAGAAAGAAUUGCUUUCCUAUCAAAAAAAGCCAUACGACGCUCACUAUGCUGAAGUAAAAGAAAAAAUUAGGAAAAUUAGAGGUUUGAUUUAUAAGUAA